AGCAGCAGAGAUUACAGAUGAUGCUGGACAUCUCGGAGGACGCGCACACUUUUUACGCUUCACGCACUCGCUGACCGCUCUUUUGCGCUUUAAUAAUAUGCACCAGAAUAAAAUGAUACCAGCGCAUGCGGUUUGGAGAGUCUGCUUGUUGAAAAAGUAGGAGGAGGAUUGUGUUUGGAUUUCUUUCUCUCUUUUUUUGUGAAUGGAGAUGAGUUGUGCGUAAAAGUCUGGUCAUCGCAUUUAAGAGCAGAGCUGUCACUCUCCCACCUGUUGGCAGGUGGUGUUGGCUUUACCCGCGGACAUCUACUAUGACAUUGGGUUUGGACAUCAUGGAGGAUAUUGUUAUCGACGUAGUAGGGGAAGGACUCAAAGACAGCGGAGAGGAGCAGCUCUUACCUUUGGAUGAGUCUCGGAGCGAGCAGGAGCGCAGCAGCGAGACUUCCAGCGGCCAGGAGGAGAAGCGGGACACCUACAGCCCGGACCCGGCGUGCCCAUCUCCCGCUAAAGGCAAAGGUCCCGCGUCGGUGAAGCCUCCGUACUCCUACAUCGCUCUCAUAACGAUGGCCAUCCUGCAGAGUCCGAAGAAGCGGCUCACCCUGAGUGAGAUCUGUGACUUUAUCAGCCACCGCUUCGUGUAUUACCGGGAGAAGUUCCCCGCCUGGCAGAACUCUAUCAGACACAAUCUGUCGCUGAAUGACUGCUUUAUAAAGAUGCCCAGAGAGCCUGGGAACCCCGGGAAGGGCAACUACUGGACCCUGGAUCCCAACUCCUCGGACAUGUUUGAGAACGGGAGUUUCCUGCGGCGGAGGAAGCGCUUCAAGCGGCAGCAUUUCCGCCUGGACCCGCUGAAGGAGCAGCACCUGGAGCCCAGCGGGCUGCACGGCUUCCCGCACGGCGCGUACGGGCUACCGCUGCAGCUGCCCAGCCUGGAGCUUUACCCUUACCUCCAUCACCACCACGGCCACUCCUCCCCGUGCGGCCCCGCCACCAUCCCACCUGUCAGCAGCAUCCUGCCGGCUCUCUCCAGCUUCUUCUCCCGCAGCGCGCUCACGGCCAAGGCUUUCCUGCAGGCGCAGCCGGGCAUCGAAGCCUUCUCCCCGGCGCAGUGCACGGCCUACUCCGCCCCUCUGACCUCCGGAGCCGCUGCGUACGCGUCCCCUGCUCUCUUCCACCCCGCCGCGUCCCAGCACUUCCUCACUUUACACCAGGAGUAUCAGAAACUACAGACUCAGCGUGGCACCGUGGAUCUGAGCAAACACAUCAGCACUGCUCACAAUGAAUAAUCUCAGCCGGACUUUGAACUUUUCUCAGGUAACAGAGACGUUUUAAGCAGAGUUUCUCCUCCACAGCUGGAAGUUUGAGGAAUCUGCUUUCAAAGAAUGUUGUAUAGAUAUGUAAAAAAAAAAAAAAAAAACUCUCCAUCCUUCUCACCA